UGCGCAGGCCAUAUCCCCCGAGCCAGAAGAAGGGCGUGUGCAGGCGGCGGGGGCGUGUGCAGGUGGUGCCCCCCACUCGGGCGGAGCUUUUGCGCUCGACCCAAUACUCGCCACUAUAAAGGUCGCGCUCCGAGUGCUUCUCUCCACCACGCGCCUUCUAGAACUCUACCGCCGGUCUCUCGUUAGUCUUCAACCGACGCCUCCACUCGCCAUGGACCCCAACUGCUCCUGUGCCUCAGAUGGAUCCUGCUCGUGCGCGGGCUCUUGCAAAUGCAAAGAAUGCAAAUGCACCUCCUGCAAGAAAAGCUGCUGCUCCUGCUGCCCCGUGGGCUGUGCGAAGUGCUCCCAGGGCUGCAUCUGCAAAGAGGCUUCGGACAAGUGCAGCUGCUGUGCCUGAAAUGGGGGGCUUCCCCAUACCUGUGUAAAUAGAAUAUGUAAGAGCCCAGCCUUUUUUUGUACAACCCUGACCCUGACCCAGUUUUCCACCUUUUUUUUUUCUAUAAAGCAUGUAACUGACAAUAAAAACCGUUGACUUGA